AUGGAAGGAGUUGGUCUUGCUCUUGCCAUCCUUCCGCUACUUUUAAACCAACUUGACAACUACGUGCAGGGUCUUCAGACUCUGAAGAGCUUCCGCGCAAAGGACCAUCGAAGGGAGCUCGAUGGGUACCUCUCCGAGCUUGAAAUCCAGAAGGCAAUUCUUGUCAACACGCUGGAGUGGUCACUCGAUGGUGCAGUCGAAUAUGAAGAUGGCAUCGAAGGGCCUGUGAACGACCACCUGGUGAAUCUCUGGACGAACCCAGACGUACAAAAAAGUCUUCAAGUAAAGCUGGGAAGAGAUUACGCCGCAUUCACUAUGACUGUGAUGAGACUUUCGGAGAUAUUGGACGAUUUGAACCGCAAAUUGGGAUGGAAUAAAAACCCGCCUCCAACACCAUCUUCUAGCAACCGGUCUACUUUCAAAAAAGAGCUGAAGAAGUUCAAGGAAAUCUUUUCAAAAAGCAUAUACGCUGACCUAUUGAAUCGAAUUCGCAUGGCCAACAGCUUUUUGAAGGAUCUGUCAGAACAAUCAGACCGCCGAAUUAUGAUGAAGAAGCAAAACAGAGUCAAGGGUCCAUUGCUGAAGCAUAGGAAAAACCGAAGAUCAGCACUUAGUCUGCAUCGCUCAAUCAUUCAUGGCAAUUACAACCAUCAUGUUGGUUUUCUGCUGAGCUCACCAUGGCUUCCAGAGCCGGAAAGGGCAAGCAAAAGCUCAUCAUAUCCCAGAUUCCGCAUGAUAAUCACUUCGGAGAUAGCUACCGAUCUUCAACCUUGUAUUCAAAAUUUCGAGAUCGAAGCCGAGUCAAGAUAUUUGGAGUCGAAUAUUGAAAGCCCACCAACUCCUCCACGUCAGUUACAAGACAGCUCUCUCUUUAGAAAGGAAGCUAGAGUCAAAUUUGCCGUCGAUAAAGGCCGAGAGGAUGAUCAUGGUUCGACUCCAUCUGAGGGCAGUUUCCCGGUGCCUGAAAUCGCGGAUAUAUGCUUCGCCCUGUCCUCGACAUCGAAUCCAAAACAAUGUGCCGUUCUUCUUGGUUAUCUCCCAGACGAGAGCCACAGACACGACUUGUAUCGUGUGCGGAGCAUUGCUCAGAAUUUCAAUUCUCAAUCACUCGAAGAGGUAAUCUUAAAAUCAUUUGGAGCGACGAGCCUCCGAUCGACCAAUGGUUUUUUGUUCAGUCAAAGACACCGUCUUCGAUUGGCUGCUAGCCUCGCAUGCAGUGUUCUGGAGGUUCAUGGGAGUUGGCUGAGAAACCACUGGAGAGCUCGCGAUAUCAAAGUCUGCACAGAACCGUCGAACGACCUCGACUGCCCAUUCAUUCUAUGGGAUAUGAAGAGCGAAGUCGGUAUGGCGAAUAUGAAUAUCUGCCGAGAUAAACACAGCAAUGCGCUGAUCAGAAGUGAAAUACUUUUCCCUCUUGGUCUUGUCCUGGUAGAGCUGUCAUUAUGUCAAACAAUCAAGUCCUUACAGAUAUCAGAAGACAACGAUGCGAUAAAGUCAUAUGCAGAUCUUAAAACAGCUGCUCGCGUCUUGACUAAGGUGGAAAUGCAGAGUGGACUCGACUAUGCCACUGUUGUUGAUAAAUGCCUUUUUUGGCCUGGCACUAAAUCAUCGACGAUGGAUGAUGAAAAGAUGCAGGGCGAGAUGUAUCAAGAAAUUGUUGUGCCUUUGGUCGAAAAUUUGAGGAGGUUUGAGGGUAUAGCAUGA